AUGAAGUCCUUUGGUUACAUACUAUCUGCGGGCUUGCUGUCACUUGCCUCGAGCACAGAGGCUUACAGUCCCGAUCGGCCGAACGAUCUUGACUUCACCGAAGCUCAGGCCGAGGCCCAUAAUUGUGGCUCGGUUUGCCAGCAAAACCUACGGCAAUAUGAAGCAUUAGACCGUCAGGUGUUUGGAAAUAUUCCCUUCGACUAUGAAUUCUACGAAACUGCGGCCAAUUUCAGCAACUCACGGCCCGGUGACAUGCUGAAACUUCGGCAACAAAAUGCAUCUGCGUAUGACAUUCCCCCUGGGACUUCAUUGUGGACUAUGCAAUACACAUCUGUCGGAGUUGGUGGGGAGAAUAGCACAGAACCCCCCCCCCUAGUCGCAUAUGCCCAUGGAACCAUUGGAGUUGUCUCUGCCUGCGCUGCGUCCUCAUCCUUCAACGGAUAUGAUUAUCACAGCUGGCAGCUCCUCACAGGUCCCGGGUAUGCUGUGGUCGCUACGGACUACGCUGGCCUGGGAAACAACUAUACUUCUCACAAGUACGGAAAUCCACUACUCAACUCCGAGGACGCCUACUUCUCGGUGGUUGCUGCUCGCAAGGCCUUUCCGGGAGUUUUCACCGAUAAAUGGGCCGCUGUUGGUCAUUCGCAAGGCGCUGGAACUGUUUGGGGACUGAGCGAGAACCCCCGUGUCGUUACCAAAGAGAGCGGCGAUUACGUAGGGGGUGUUUCAAUCGCCCCUAGCUCCAGAUUGAACGACAUUCUCACAGCUGUGCCGCUUAAUGUGGGAUGGGGCUUUGGUAAUUUGGUCGUGAAUAUCUUUCAGGCCUUGAAAUUCCCGAUCCAGCCGGUCGUCUUAACCCCGGAAGCCCUAGCUCGUUAUCCCCUUAUGUAUGAGCUUCAGCUUUGCGACACCUCUCAAGCUGAAUUGAAUGCAGACCUUCCAAACCAUGGCAUUGUGGACUUUACGCCUUCCAUUACUCAGCACAAUCAUGAAGCUUAUAUCGCAUUUCAAAACAAAUACGGCGCAGCUACUGGGAGAAAAGGGUACAAGGAGCUUCUCGUCAUUCAGGCGAUCGAUGAUGAGGUUAUAAAUGUUAAUGCUACAAAGGCUGCGUACGAAGAUGCAUGCAAAGUAGGCAAUAUCGUUCACCUGAGUUUAUAUCCGGGCCUUGAUCAUGAUUCUUCAAUCGCAGCAUCAGCUCCGGAAUGGCUAGAGUGGCUCGAUAACAAGUUUGCGGGUGUGGCAACUCGGGACUCUCACAGAUGUGUCAUGGAGACGAGGAGUGUUUUGGUUGAUCCUUUGUGA